CAGGUUGGCAUUUUCAGAAUGACAUUUUAAUUUUGACAACAACUAUUUGCAUUCACGGUGCAUUGGCUGGUCCUUGCCUGUCGAAACUAUAGCCACUCCUUGUAAAUGACACGUUAGUUCCGCCCUAUUCGCUGGAAAAGUGCUUAGCUCACCUGUGCACUUCUAUAAACGGUCAGGUAAAGGUAGGAAGAGCACUUCCUGGAACGGUGACAGUUAUGGCCGAAUCCCAGCUUAUGUGCAUGGACGAUGACCACGUCAAUGAAAAAGUACCGGAAUCCAAACCGGAGUUCUACUACAGCGAAGAGCAGCGUGCGGCGAUCGAGCAGCUCUUGAAGAACGGUGACGGCGCUUUCAAGAUGCGGCUGAAAGAGGACAAAGUUAAAGACUUUCUCUCAGCCCGUGAGGUUAAGUGGAUCCGGGAAACGUUCCGUGAAUAUGACACAGAUGGUGCCACAGACAAAGGGCGGGCCGGAACGGCGAAGGGGUCCAAAGCGGCGAAGGAGUCCAAAGCGGCGAAGGAGUCCAAAGCGGACUCCGGUGUUCAUUCCACUUACUGGCCUGAGCUUUCAGAUACGGAGAUUCCACCACUUGACAUCGGCUGGCCGGACGGGGGGCAUUACAAAGGCGUGACGCGAGUGGCAGUGCACACGCACCCACCCAAGCAGAACGGACCCCACAUUAAAGAGGUGGUUCGUAGACUGAUCCAAGAAUCCAAUAAGGUGAUUGCGCUGGUCAUGGACCUCCUCACCGACCUCCAGAUCCUGCAGGACCUGAUGGACGCCGCGGCCAAGCGGAGCGUGGCCGUCUACAUCAUCCUGGACGCCCGGGGCGUCCCCCACUUCCUGGACAUGUGCGGCAGGCUGCAGGUCAGCCCCAUGCACCUCCGGAACAUUCGCGUGCGGACAGUGGAGGGCUCUGGGCUGGGCCUGGCGAAGGGGAAGCUCCCUGGCUCUCUCUGCAGCAAAUAUAUGCUGGUGGACGGAGACAAAGUCAUGUUCGGGUCAUAUAGCUUCACGUGGAGCACCUCCCGCGUGGACAGGAACAUGAUCACCAUCAUGACGGGCCAGGUGGUGGACUUCUACGACAACGACUUCCGGGAAAUGUACGCCAUCUCGGAGAGCGUGGACCUGUACAAGGAGUUCCACAUCACCAGGCCGCCCAAGCCCGUGCCGGGCUUCUCCACGGCCAGCCUCCGGCCCACCUCCAACGUGUGCACCUCCCGCUUCCAGGUCUCCCUGGGCGACUCCCGCCAAGCCAACUUCAAGAUCCCCGCGCACAAGUACCACAACCCCAAAUACUUGCUGGUGGUGGGGAACAGCGCGGCCAUGGGCUCUCUGCAGGACCUGGCCGCCAGGAGGGACUCGCAGGGCGCGGAGAGCGUCUUCAACGUCAUGGAGAGGUUCCUCCAGAGCAGCGGCGGCAGCGAGAUGCCGGACGAGUUCGCCCCGCUGCCCAUGGCCGAGCCCCAUGGGAAAGACUCCAAGAAGCUCAACGGCCCCAGCGGGAAGAAACAGCGCAGCUCCUUCAGGCUCUUCCUGAAUCGCAAGACGGCCACUCCGAGCGUGCCCGAAGAGGGGGAGAGCACGCCCACUACUCCGAACCCCUCCCCCACGCACAAAGCCCUGGGGGCCGUGAGGGGGGGGCUGGUCGAAAGCUGCGAGGCCCUGGCCUCGGAGAAGCCGUCGCCGCCAAAAGGGAAACUCAAGAAGAAACUGAGCCAGAGGAGCAUGUCUCUGCAGGCCGUCAACACUGAAGACGGCUCAAAAGGUCGGAAGCGAAGUCAGAAGAAGACCUGUAUUCAGUCCUGAGUUGGAGGAGGAGAAAAAGAGAAAGAGAGAGAGAGAGCGAGAGUGUGAGUGUGAGUGUGAGUG